GACUGCCUUCCCUUCUUCUCGGACAUCACCUCCCCGACCUGGCGACAUCGAUGACGACCUCGAAACCUGCCUCACAAUGAUCCUAGUGACUCCGUCGCCGGGGACGGCGAAGCUCUUGAUUAUCGCGGGAGUCACAUCCUUCCUUCUGCUCGCUCUGUAUGGAUUCGGACCAAGCGCUGUGCCUUUUGACUUGGAGACAUUUUCGACUCCCGUGGAGCUUCCUCAAAAUCCUCCAUGCCAGUUACUACCAGGAGCCGAGGACAUCCUCGUCGUGAUGCGAACCGGCGCCACGGAAAUCAAAGACAAAUUGCCCGCUCAUAUUGAAACAACAUUCAAGUGCUUCAAGAACCUGGUGAUCUUCUCGGACUACAACGAAACGUUUCUGGGAUAUCCAGUUCACGAUGUUCUGUCCAAUGUGAACCCCGAGAUCAAGGACACGAAUCAAGAUUUCGAGAUCUAUCGACAUAUUCGUGAGGUCGGUCGCGAAGGACUGAAUGAGUCUGAACUCUCUGGAGCGGUGUCAGCCGAAAGCGGACCUGUGGGCAAGAAUGACAAUGCAGGCUGGCGCUUGGAUAAGUGGAAAUUUCUACCAAUGGCUAAUGAAACCUUACAUAUGUAUCCCGACUUCAAGUGGUACGUGUUUGUAGAACCGGAUACAUACCUGGUCUGGUCUUCAUUAUUGCAAUGGCUGCCCACACUAGACUCCGGAAAGGCCUCAUACUUUGGCAGCGAGGUCAUGAUCGGCGAUGACAUGUUUGGUCACGGCGGGUCCAGCUUCGUCAUCUCAAAGCCGGCUCUGGAGAAAGCAGCCGAGUCCUACAACAAGGAAACACAGCGAUGGAACGAUAUCCUUGCCGGCCAUUGGGCCGGAGACGCUGUGCUUGGAAAAUUGUUGGAUGAGGCCGGUGCGCGCGUUACUGCCACGUUCCCGAUGAUUCAGGGUGGCAACUUCUACGAUCAGAUGGACUGGGAUGGGGGGAAUGAUCAUAAUGGAAAACUUUGGUGUCGCCCUGCUUUAUCAUACCACCAUUUCACGCCGGAUGAAGUGCGGGAAUUUUGGAAGUUCGAACAGACGUUCAUUCAGCACGCCUUGAUUGAGGCUUCCGAGAAAGAGUCAACACUUACGGCCUGGAGGGAGCCUCCUAUGGCCGUGCUGCAUCAUCGAGAUGUCUUCAAGCUGUUUGUACAGCCAGCCAUCGCCGAGGCACGGAAGGAUUGGAACAACACUGCUGAACAGCUCGUAUCUGAGGACACCUCAGUGGAGAAUUGUCGGAAUGCGUGUCUGGCUAAGGACGACUGUAAGCAAUACGCCGUUGGUCCCGCUGGCUGCUCAAUUGGCAAUAAAGUGCGGAUUGGGUCGGCGCAAACAGGCACGGAAGCUUGGUGGCUCACGGAGAGGAUUCAGGAGUGGGUUUAUCACAAAGACAAGUGCCACGGCCAGGAAGGAUGGUCAGUGUCUUGA